GAUUUUGUGAAAAAUCACUGGAAAAAAGAAAUUGGGUCUUGGUUUUUUUUUUCUUGUAUAUUUCUGUGGGUUUGGUUUGUUUUCUCUCUCUACUAUUAGAUAAAGACCCAGUAGAGAGACCCUGUUGAAGCUUCUUUCUCAACUUGGGUUUUGCUCAAAACUCUCUAAAAUUUCUUCAGUGAAAGAAAGACCCAAGCUGAUGAGUGAGAGAGGAGGCUCUCUUGGAGGAGAGAGAGCCUGCCUGUUCAUGCAAAAACCCCCAUUUCAGUGUUUUCAACCACUAAAAUCUCUCUAAAUAAAAACUCUCUUUUUGAUUUCUGGGUUUGUCUAUUUUUGCUUCUUUUGAUCUUUGUUUUUCAAGUUUCUUUCUUCUUUUUUUUUUGGGUUUUUGUUCAAUGGCGCUUUCGAUGCAUAGAGAGUCGAACAAACAGAUGGAUUCGAGCAAGUAUGUGAGGUAUACACCUGAGCAAGUUGAGGCUUUAGAGAGGGUUUACUCGGAAUGCCCUAAACCUAGUUCUAUGAAGAGGCAACAGAUUAUUAGGGAGUGUCCUAUUCUCUCUAACAUUGAGCCUAAGCAGAUCAAAGUCUGGUUUCAGAAUCGCAGGUGUCGUGAAAAGCAGAGGAAGGAAUCUUCUCGUCUCCAGACUGUGAACAGGAAGCUGACAGCCAUGAACAAGCUGCUGAUGGAGGAGAAUGAUCGGUUGCAGAAGCAGGUCUCGCAGUUGGUUUAUGAUAAUGGAUACAUGCGCCAGCAACUGCAUACUGUAUCUGCCACUGCAACCACUGACACUAGCUGCGAGUCUGUGGUCAUCACUGAUCAGCAGCAACAGCAAAACCCAAAUCCUCAGCGUCCGCAAAGGGAUGCUAACAACCCAGCUAGUCUUCUCGCAAUAGCUGAGGAGACUCUGGCAGAGUUCCUUUCCAAGGCUACUGGAACUGCUGUCGACUGGGUCCAGAUGAUUGGGAUGAAGCCUGGUCCGGAUUCUAUUGGAAUCGUUGCUGUUUCCCGCAACUGUAGUGGGGUAGCAGCACGAGUCUGCGGUCUUGUGAGCCUAGAGCCCACAAAGGUCGCUGAAAUCCUUAAAGAUCGUCCAUCUUGGUACCGCGAUUGCCGCUGUCUUGAUGUAUUGAGUGUAAUCCCUACCGGAAAUGGAGGGAUAAUAGAGCUGAUAUAUAUGCAGACUUACGCACCAACAACAUUGGCAGUGGCUCGGGACUUUUGGACACUGAGAUAUACCACAAGUUUAGAAGAUGGGAGUCUUGUGAUCUGCGAGAGGUCAUUGACAACUUCUACUGGUGGGCCAACAGGGCCUCCUGCUUCAUGUUUUGUAAGAGCCGAAAUGCUACCCAGUGGUUAUCUAAUACGGCCUUGCGAGGGUGGGGGGUCUAUUAUCCACAUUGUAGAUCACAUUGACUUGGAUGCUUGGAGUGUCCCUGAAGUUCUGAGGCCACUCUAUGAAUCAUCGAAAAUUCUUGCACAGAAAAUGACAGUUGCUGCUUUGCGGCACAUUCGGCAAAUUGCACAAGAAACCAGUGGAGAAAUUCAGUAUAGUGGGGGCCGCCAACCUGCUGUUUUAAGGACAUUUAGUCAGAGGUUGUGCAGGGGGUUUAAUGAUGCUAUUAAUGGGUUUGCGGAUGAUGGUUGGACUAUUAUGGGCAGCGAUGGUGUGGAGGAUGUAACCAUUGCCAUAAACUCCUCACCAAGCAAAUUUCUUGGAUCUCAAUAUAACACAUUGUCAAUGCUCCCAAGUUUUGGCGGAGUGCUGUGUGCAAAGGCAUCGAUGCUUCUUCAGAAUGUUCCCCCUGCUUUGCUUGUUCGUUUCCUGAGGGAGCACCGUUCCGAGUGGGCUGACUAUGGAGUCGAUGCGUACUCUGCUGCAUGCCUGAAAUCUAGUCCCUAUGCAGUUCCUUGUGCAAGGCCUGGUGGUUUACCUUGUAGUCAAGUUAUUUUACCUCUUGCCCAUACUGUGGAACAUGAGGAGUUUCUGGAGGUCGUUCGCCUAGAGGGUCAUGUGUUUUCCCCUGAGGACAUAGCUUUGUCACGGGAUAUGUACUUAUUGCAGCUAUGCAGUGGGGUUGAUGAGAAUGCAGCUGGAGCCUGUGCUCAGCUUGUCUUUGCUCCUAUUGAUGAAUCCUUUGCUGACGAUGCUCCUUUGCUGCCUUCUGGUUUCCGUGUUAUACCAUUGGAUCCUAAACCAGAUGGGCCUACUGCAACUCGAACAUUGGAUUUGGCUUCUACGCUUGAAGUGGGUAAUGGCGGUGUGCGUCCUUCUGGUGAAGCUGAUUUGAGCAGUUAUAACCAUAGGUCUGUUCUAACUAUUGCAUUCCAAUUCACUUUUGAGAACCACUUUCGGGACAAUGUGGCUGCAAUGGCUCGCCAGUAUGUUCGUAGUGUUGUGGGCUCUGUUCAGAGGGUUGCCAUGGCUAUUGCUCCCUCCCGGCUGAGUUCUCAUUUGGGGCCCAAAUCACUUCCUGGUUCUCCCGAGGCUCUUACUUUGGCCCGGUGGAUUUGCAGGAGUUACAGAGUUCACACUGGGAGUGAGCUCCUUCGAGUUGAUGCUCAAACGGGUGAUGCAGUCUUGAAGCAACUUUGGCACCAUUCAGAUGCGAUCAUGUGCUGCUCUGUGAAACUAAAUGCAUCUGCAGUUUUCACGUUUGCAAACCAGGCAGGGCUCGACAUGCUUGAAACUACUCUCGUGGCCCUUCAAGACAUAAUGCUUGAUAAGAUUCUUGAUGAAUCUGGUCGGAAGAUUUUACUCUCAGAGUUCUCGAAGAUCAUGCAGCAGGGAUUUGCUUACUUGCCAGCGGGGAUAUGCAUAUCUAGCAUGGGCAGGCCAGUGUCAUACGAGCAAGCUAUUGCAUGGCAAGUUCUCAACGACGACGAUUCAAGUCACUGCCUAGCUUUCAUGUUCAUGAACUGGUCUUUUGUGUAAGAAAACUGAUUAUUACUCUCAAGACUCCCAACUUUAGCUCUAUGACUUAAAUUAUAUAUAUAUAUAUAUAUGUUUGUUGUCUAUUUUGUUGAAAACUUAAAUGACAUCUGAAAUAGAUCUUGGGAAGGAUCUGGAUGAAAACUUGUUGUCUAUCUAUAUUAUUAUGGGUAAUGCAUGGUUUGUAUAACUGUUA